GUCAUGAGACAUGUUUGGUCUAUGUUAUGUAAACCACAAGACCGUAUGAGUGAAAGUAUACUACUAUAUAUUCAGUACAUGUGUAAGCUCUGUUAUAGUGAUGACCCACACCAUAUUUAAUGUCAAUUUGGUCUUUUUAUUAUAAUCGUACUCAUCAUCGGUAUCAUUUUGUGCAAACAUUUAUAAAAUCAUCAUUAGUUUUAUAAAGUUGAUGUUAAUGAUUUUUGGAUCUUAUUCAUUGAAAAAAUUAUUGACUUUAAGAUUUUGUUAAAAAUAUUUCUUAGUGAUUGCAGCUGACACAUUUACACUCUUGUUAUAAGUUUUUCUCCUUCUAUUUGUUAUAAAAUCGUGGGAUCUGGUGAGUUAAAAUUUUACAAGUUAUAAUAACCGGACAUUUUUUGUUCUGAACUUUUGUUUUGCCUUUGUUUAAAAUAGAAUAAUUUCUUAUAUACACUAGUAGCAUAAUUAAACAAAUCUACUUUGAUGAUAAAGUUUCUUCAAAAAAUAUGCGAAUUUUUAAAUUAAAUUCAUGAAAACAGUGUAUUUUAAAAUCAAAACAAUGUUUAAUUAGCUUGAUCAAUCUUUUUGCCUCCAGCUAUUAAUGUUAAUGUUUUUGUUAAUUUGCGUCCAAAUUAUAUACGAAUAGCAUGAUAAUUAAACUUAUAGAAGUUGUUUAGUUUAAAAUUUGGUGCUCUGUUUAUGACGAGGGCGUCAAGACUUCAUCCACAAGUGUCUACUUUUUCUAUCAUCGGUCUAGCGAGUCGGGGUGGGGUCAUAAAGGGUCACACUUAAGAUUAAUUGGACGAAUCACAUGGGACUUUGUCAGAUAGAUGAUAUACAAGAUAGAUAAAUCUAAGUAAUCGGAAAAAACAAGAGUGACUAUUUCUCUGAAAAAGUGUUACAUCCAAAAAGAUUUUUGCUUUUUUUAAUCCGAGGUACGAACUCGAUUCUUACUGUCGUGGUGAAAGGUUAUUUUCUGCACUGAUAAUGCACCUCUUCCGUAACCAUAAAGAAUAAAAACAUAACAUAUAUUAGUCAUUACGAUGUGAAGUGUUGCACCCACAUUGUGCUUUCUGCUGUUACUGCCUUUUUCUUACUGAGUCGAAGAGUUUGCUUCAAGUUUUAAUUUUAAAAAAGCGAAUAAAAAGAUAGAAAACUUAAAAAAAAUAUUUUUCAUUAAUUUAUUUUUGAAAAGUUAUUGGUUUAAACUGUGCACAUAGUUAAUAAACUGACUCAAGGACAGGGGGCUUCAGGAUAGAUGUUAACUGGCACUACACAGCAAUCCUUGUGCACAUUUAAAAAUAGAAAUUUUUAUAUUUCGUGUACAUGCAAAUAAUCGUGUAACUGUAAUUUUUGGAAAAAUAGAAAGUCACUGUGAGAAACAUCAUUACUUUCACGCCUAAAGUUGAUCUAAAACCGUGUAUAAUAAACAGACAAGUCGUUUUGCUGUAAACAGCGAAGAAUUGUGAACUUCAGUUGCAGGUAACUCAUUUACUGGUUCAGGUGAAAUGUACUCAUAUUUCUACGCCACAUAAGAAUCGGGAUUCUAUUUCUCCCGAACCUUUUCUACUUUCGUUUCCCAGUAGCGUAUGGCGAGUGCUGCUAAAAAUAAACCACCUGUCGUGACAACAUAACAUUGAACUUCCGUAAUGUCUACCUUUGACUAGUUUCACAGGACUAAACACCAAACAAGGUUUUCAAUUUGUGAUUGUGGAGUGGAAAGCAUCAAUAGCGGCAGUUUAAAGAAGUAAACAAGUCGCAGAUUGCUACACAGGUCGUUAAAGGAGAGAGAGCGUGUCAUAGACAGACAUGCACAUGUGGGAGAAGACAGGUAUGGUCGUUGCUUUCCACACAAGGAGCUAACCGUCGGUCGCCAUUUUGAAAGGGUUGUCAUCUAGUUGCUGCUUCGUCCUUUUCACUGAGACACCGCCAUCAACGACGUCAACAACCACGAUGGCUUCGGGAGGUGUACCUGAUGAUGCCACGAAUGUUUGUGCUGUGUGUCUGGAGCCUUACAAGGGCCGCAAUCCCAAAUUGCUGCCGUGUUUUCACACACUCUGUCUCCCUUGUUUAAAAGAUUUGGAGGCGCAUCACAUGGUUUCAGCAGACAGUAAAGGUUGCGAAGAGGAUGGAAGCAAGAAACCUUUGACCUUUCCCUGCCCAACAUGUAGAGCAGAUAUCAUAGUGCCCACUGGUGGUGUCACUCAGUUCCAGAGCAAUUUUUACUUGAACUUGGAAACCCUGACCUGUGACGUGUGUGGCGAAGGUAAAGAAGCCAAGUACAGCUGCAGUGACUGCGGCCAGAAUAUGUGCGCCAAGUGUCAACGAUGUCACGACAAAUUUACCUCCAACCACCAGGUACAACCUCUCGCCCCUUAUUUACAGCACUCGUCUGAAAUGAGCCUUAACCCGGACUUGGAGCGAAAACGUGAAGAACAGCUCUCAGUGCUGGAGGCGGCGCUGGCUACGAUGAAGGAGGAGGAGAACAAGUUGCAGCGGGAGAGACAGGCGGUGGCUGACGUCAUCAGCAGGCGAGCUGACGCCUUGAGGGCGCUAGUGACGCAGGCGGAGGAGAGAAGCCAGAAGGCGCUUGCGGGAGUUGCUGACAGGAUGGAAAAACAUAUUAAAGAAAGCAUAGGUACUUUACGCCAAAAGCACAGUAAAAUCUUUCGACUUUUACCACAAGAAGAUACUAAAGGACAAGCAAAUCUGAUGUUGAAAAAUGCCCUCCUCAGUGAUGCCGAUUUUCAGUACUACCAUCAGCGAUGCAGCAAGGACAGACAAACGAAGAAAGUACUGCACCAGUUCAAGGACUGUGCCAUUGACAUACACAUCGUGGAGGCUUAUAUAGGCAAAGUGUGUGGUGACGAUGAGCCUGUGGGUGAGACUGAAACCAGAUUAGUCAGUAAUGAGACGGAUGCUGCAGAUAGUCUAGCGCAUGACUUGACGGUUAAACCUCAGCCUUCAGAAAAAUUAAAACUGACUGAUGAUGCUGCAGAGAUUAGGGACACACUCGAGACACUAGAAACAACUCCUGACAACGAAUGUAAACAUUCGGAUAAGAAAUAUAUCAAAAGUAUACAAGAUGAAAACGCUAGACUUCAGAUGGACGUGGCGGCUUUAAAAGAAAAUAUCUCUACUAUACAGCAGAGUAUGAUCACUUCUAAAGAUAUUUCAAGUAUCCAAAAGGACAUGGCUGGUUUGCAAGAAAAACUUACGGGUGAUAUCACUAUGCUUCAGAAGAGUAUUAUCGGUAUUCAGGAGGGCUGUUCUGACCAUAGCACAGAAAUAAAGAAGAUUCACUGUGACACUUCUAAAGACAUUUCAAGUAUCCUAAAGGACAUGGCUGGUUUGCAAGAAAAACUGACGUGUGAUUUCGCUAUGCUUCAGAAGAACAUUACCGUUAUUCAGGAGGGCUAUUCUGACCACAGCACAGAAAUAAAGAAGAUUCAAUGUGACAUUCAAAACCUGGUUAAAGAUCUCAAGACUUUUAAAGAAAAAUCUUGCAGUAUGGUGGCAUUUCACGCCGAGGUCAACGAAGAUAUAGAAUUAACCAUGGAAUGGAAGCCCCUCAUCUUGUACGAUGAUGUCUACAACCUGGGCCAGGCCUACGACACGGAGACAGGAGUUUUCACCGCCCCUGUUGCAGGCACCUACUUUUUCAUGGCCAGAACAUUGAGACAGAAUGGGUUAGGAUGUUGUUCAAUUGCUAUCAGCGUCCAAGGCUGUAACUACACUUCAUCAUACUCCCAUGACGGCGAGCUCCAGGCUGGUGUGGGCUGCACUGUACACCUUGUUUACAGGCUGACUCGAGGACAGAAAGUGUGGCUGGAGGCAUUUGGCGACUCUGAAUUGGUAGACUUUGCAACGUGUUUUUCGGGAAUGUUAGUGCGACCAGAAGUUUAGCUUGCAUACUCAUGACACACAUUUAGUCUAUAUUAUGUAACCCACAAGACCGUGUGAGUGAAAGUAUACUACUAUAUAUUUAGCACAUGUGUGAGCUCUGUUAUAGUGAUGACCCACACCAUAUUUAAUGUCAAUUUGAUCUUUUUAUUAUAAUCACACUCAUCACAGUUAUCGUUUUCUGCAACAUUUAUAAAAUCAUCAUUAGUUUUAUAAAGUUGAUGUUUAUGAUUUUUGGAUCUUAUUCAUUGAAAAAAUUAUUGAUUUUAAGAUUUUGUUAAAAAUAUUUCUUGGUGAUUGCAGCUGACACAUUUACACUCUUGUUAUAAUUUUUUCUACUUCCAUUUGUUAUAAAAUCGUGGGAUCUGUUGACUUAAAAUUUUACAAGUUAUAAUAACCAGACAUUUUUUGCUUUGAACUUUUGUUUUGCGUUUGUUUAAAAUAGAGUAAUUUCUUAUAUACACUUGUACGAUAACUAAACAAAUCUACUUUGAUGAUCAAGUUUCUUCAAAAAAUAUGCGAAUUUUUAAAUUAAAUUCAUGGAAAACAGUGUAUUUUAAAUCAAAACAAUGUUUAGUUACCGUGAUCAAUCGUUUUGCCUCCAGCUUAUUAAUGUUAAUGUUUUUGUUGAUUUGCGUACAAAUUAUAUACGAAUAGCAUAAUAAUUAGAUUUAUAGAAGUUGUUUUGUUUAAAAUUUGGUGCUUUGAGUACGACGAGGGCCUCAAUCCAAAGUGUGUCUACCUUUUCUAUCAGCGGUCUAGUGAGUCGGGGUGGGGUCAUGAAGGGUCACACAAGAUUAAUGUGGACGAAUCAUAUGGGACUUUGUCAGAUAGAUGAUAUACAAGAUAGACGAAUCUAAGUAAUCGGAAAAAAUACCAGUGACUAUUUCUAUUAAAAAGUGUUACAUCCAAAAUGAUUUUUGUUCUCUUUAAGCCGAGUUACGAAUUCGAUUCUUACUGUCGUGCUGAAAGGUUAUUUUUUUACACUGAAUUUUUCGUCUUCCUUUUGCAAUAUAAUGUUACUCU